AACCCUAAUCCGAAAAAAUCCCAAAUUCCCCCAAAACCCUAGAAAUCGGCUGUCGUCUUCAACCAUGAGACCUCUCGACGAGAACGAAACCACCGCAGUUUUCAACAAACUGCACAAAUUCGUCGGCAACAACCUCAAGAACAUCGUGUUAGACGCCCAAUCGAACGAAGGACCCGAUUCCAAACCCGGCCGCUACUGCUUCCGCCUCCAGAAGAACCGGGUCUACUACGUCUCCGAAUCCCUAAUCAAGCGCGCCACCAACGUCAAGCGCGAGAAGCUCGUCUCGCUCGGCACGCAGAUCGGCAAGUUCACCAAGGUCGGUAAAUUCCAGCUCACGAUCCAAAGCUUGAAUCUUCUGGCGGCGAACGCGAAGCACAAGGUGUGGCUGAAGCCCACUUCUGAGAUGAGUUUCCUGUACGGCAACAGCGUGCUGAAGGGCGGGCUGGGCAGGAUUACGGAGAAUAUUCAGGUGAACGAUGGCGUUGUUGUCUUUUCGAUGUCGGAUGUGCCGUUGGGAUUCGGGGAUGCCGCCAAGAGCACCGUCGAUUGCCGGAAAAUGGACCCGAAUGGGAUUGUCGUGCAUCGACAUGCUGAUAUCGGCGAGUAUUUGAGGAUGGAGGAUGAUCUUUAAAGCUUUCGGCUUUUCGGUAAUUUUUGCUAGUGAAUUUUUGGAAAUUUGGGCUGCGAUUGAUUAUGUUAUAUUUUUUACGUUUUGCGUUGGUGAAUGUUGGUUCGAUUUUAUAUUUUCGUUUAAUCUAUUUUGGCCGGUCGAUAUUUGAUAUUGAAUGUGUGUUUUUAUUGUCUGAUGAAAGUGUGUGGUACUGCUGUAUACUCGUAAUUUUGUUGAUUAAUGCGAAUGGUAUUCAAAUU